AAUAAGCCUGUUGCUCUUUGAGGGUUCUUAAUAGCUUUAAAGCCCACAGGUGAUACCACAGCAGUCCCAUCGUGUUCCCUUGUGUUGCGCCGCAAAUAAAAAGCUAAGUUUUGUGAAGGUUCAAUAGAGGGAUUUGGGGUUUGAUUGAUAUGUGUCAAUCUCGGUAACAGUUCGAAUAUUAUCACACCCCUUUAGUGGAGUUUAUCUAGCGUGGACAAAGCGCAGUCGUACAGUAAUUGGUUAGAUCACCUGCCAUAGAUAAUGAGGCUCGGACUAUGCGGAUUUAGUUUCAGUUUUAGUCAGCGAGGACAGUGUUCUAAUGGCUUCGUCGGCGAGUAGAUCGCUUUUCGCAGUGUCCAUCUCAGACAGUGCUACGUGAUAAGCGUACAAUGAGACUAGGACGGCGUCGAAAGGACCACGGAGUGAAUGUACUCGAUAUUCGAUGACGGAAUCUCAGUAUCGGUCUCGCAGAGGGUGCCGUGAGAAACACUGCGGCCAUGUCGCUAAGUCACGUGGGACGGAGACGGACCCCCAGCAGCGAGCCGAGUCCCAGCGUAGUGCGCGUGCGCGGAGGCCUAGUACUGGAAAGUCUGUUGAUUUGGCUACAGCGAAGAUGGCGUUAACUUGUAAAGUCCAGUAUUUAGACGACACGGAUCCAUUCGCCAGCACAAAUUUCCCGGAACCCACGAGACCACCGACAUAUACUUUCCACCUAAAUAUCCCGCUCUGUCAGCAAGUAGACGGACUUCAUCGGCUUCUGUGCGCGCCGCACGCUAUCGACGACGUUUCAUUACAGCUCUCGCACAAUGGCUGCUAUUUGGACUUGGAAAAUACCUUGGAAGAGCAGGCGGACCUGCUCGAGGGAUUUCUAGACAGCCGCAAAAACACAAUUAUUCUACGUACAUCGUUGUCUGUUCGCGUUCACAACUGCAUAGCCAAACUUCUAGCUGCGUCGGGACGAGAGCUGCGCCGAGCCCUUUUUUCCUUAAAGCAAAUUUUCCAGGACGACAAAGACCUGGUGCACGAGUUCGUCAAUUCUGAUGGUCUCAACGCUCUGAUCACAGUAGGCCAAGAUGCCGACCAGAAUUAUCAAAAUUACAUACUUAGAGCGAUCGGACAGAUCAUGCUUUACGUGGACGGGAUGAACGGCGUGAUAAACCACAAUGAGACGAUACAGUGGUUAUACUCUCUUACUGCAUCCAAGUUUCGAUUGGUGGCGAAAACGGCGUUGAAGUUGCUGCUGGUUUUCAUCGAAUACACGGAGGAUAAUUCUAGGUUGCUUGUUGAGGCUGUUCAAUGUGUGGACGAUGCACAAGGUAUCAAGCGAUGGUCAGAAAUCGUCGGAAUUCUCUCAGAAAAGGACUCCCUUGGUGAUGAGGAAAUCUUAAUAUAUGCAAUGACGCUCGUCAACAAGAUCCUAUAUGCGACACCAGACCAAGACACGUUCUACGACAUCACAGACGACCUGGAGGAGCUGGACAUGGAAAACAUAGUCAAGAUGCAUCAAGAUCGAAGAGGAACAAACAUUGACCUUUUAGAGCAACUAAAUAUUUACGAGACGGCUCUCCGUAUAGAAGACGGCGACGAGGAGUUGCCAGCGUACGGGAGCUCGCCAUCCAUCCGACCAAGAAAGAGAACCGCAGCAUUAGAAUCCACACAAGGAGACAGAAGACGAAGCCGUCGCCAUCACUCCAUCAGCAAAAUCGACCUUGCCAUCAAUAACCUCACAGGGGAAGACUUCCGGAACAAACGCUCUCGAGGAAGACAGGAGACAAAUAGCCUACAUAAAGUCGUCUCUGCACCGGAUAUGACGACACGGUAUGGAGAACCUCCUUCUUCACCUGUCCGAUCGUCCGGUAGUGCGUCCCCUUCGUCAUCCACGCACGAGUUGGACGAGUUAGAAGAGAAGGAACGUAGUCGACAAGCUAGAAGAGAACGAAGAGCUGCAAGGCGAGCAGCCCUCGGCUUUACCGACAACAAAGCCGAAAAAGGACCGACGAACAACCGAACAGAGUCGAGUACCAGCCUACAAAAACCACGCGAAAACGGUCUCCCCUAUAACAGAUCCUCUAAAUAUGACUCACAGUCAGGGGGGAGCCAGCGCACGACCCCCGCGGUAUCCCCCUACCAGUCACCGUCAUCGUCAGCACGCUCGUCCCCCAGGGGGUCCCCCACCGCAAGUCCUUCUAUAUCUCGACGGCGGGCGAAGUUUCAGCAACAAGCUGAGGCGGCUGAAGGGAUCGAGGCUGUACGACAAAAAACUUUGGCAGGGACAUUCGAAGAGCGAAGGAAAGCUCGAGAAGAGCUGCGCAGACUCGAGCUAGCGGCUAAGGAGCAGAAGGAACGAGGCGAGUUGGAUGAGACCGGACCCCCACCCCCUCAGGAUAGACCGGGUUUGACAGUCGCAGCCGUUGCUAAGCGACGAUCUGGGGAAGUGUCGACCGACGAAAACGAGAAUGUCACUCAAAGAACUAGCGACAGACUCUCCCCUCCCCCAUUGCGCACGCCCUCGCAUAGCGAUACGGAAGUGGCAGGAACGGAGGGGGUUGUGCGGAGACGAAAACCGAAACUGGAUGAGAUCGGUAGAUCGACGAGCGUGCAAGAAAAGGGAAUCAAAUCGCCGCCAAAUGAACGCAAAGAAAGCAUCGAAAAACGCUCUAGCAUAUGCGAGGUUUUACCCGGCGGCUCGUCUAAUAAAAAGAUGAUGUUAUCGAUGCUGUACGGGCAGCAAAAAUCCUCCGAAGAAAUUCACGAGAAGAAACCUGAUAGUCCAUCUGCCGUGGGGGAGUCGGUGCGUGAUCGGCGAGGCCGAUUGUUUAGUUCGGGUGAUUCGGAAAGCUCCGGAGAGUCGUCGAUAAAUGCGGAAUUAUCGGCGAUUGAGAACUCUGUUCAGGAUGUGUUGAAGAAGUUGGAUGUUGUUGAGGAGGAUGAGAAAGAAGUGUCGUCUGCGGUGGAGGAUGAUCUAUCAGGAGUUAUUGACCGCGCUAAAAAAAGUCUUAUGCAUCAGGAUGUCGAGGACGACGAGACCAAGAGACUCGAGGAGGAGGAGCGCCAGGAAGAGGAGCAGCGGCGGCAGCAGGAGGAGGAGGAACGACAGAGAAUCGCCGCCGAGGAAGCCGCCAGGCUACAGGAGCUCGAAUGGGAACGCAUGAUCACUCUCAAGCGCUCCCUCAUCAUCAAAGACUUCGACUUCACCGAUCUCGUGGACGAGGACGACGUCGAUGCGCUAGACGCUGUUGACGCGCACGACGAGCAAGAUGCAAGACCGCCUAAUCCAUUCUUCGGUGGAAUUCCACCCCCUCCCCCAGGGGGAGGCAUGUUCCCUCCACCCCCACCCCCUCCGCCGGGUGGCGGCGUGCCUGGCCCGCCUAAGCCCCCUCCCCCCGGGAAUCUCAGCACGCUGAAUAAGAAGAAGAUGGUGAGGCUGUUCUGGCAGGAAGUGAAGAACUCGCCGCUAAUUAACGGCGUGAACAAGACCAUCUGGGGCUCCAUAGACCAGGUGGAUAUCGACACCAAGAAACUCGAGCACCUAUUUGAGAACAAGACCAGUACUAAGAUCAAGCAAAAGCUCGAAGAAGAGAAAGACAAGCGCAAAGAGAUCGUCGUGCUGGACGUGAAGCGAUCGCAGCAGAUCAACAUCGCACUCACCAAACUGCCGCCAAUUCGUACCCUGAAACAGGCUAUUAUCAGCAUGGAUAGCACCGUCAUCGACAGGGAAGGCGUGGAUAAACUCCUCCAGAUGCAGCCAUUACCGGAAGAGAAGAUGAAGAUCCAGGAGGCCCAGCUCGCUAACCCGGAUGUUCCUCUGGGCACCGCCGAACAGUUCCUGCUAACAAUGGCAUCCUUGAACGAACUCGCGCCCAGGCUUCAUCUAUGGGCCUUCAAGCUCGACUACGAGAUGCUGGAAAAGGAAGUUGCGGAGCCUCUGAUGGAUCUGAAGGAAGCGCUGGAGGAACUAAAUAAGAACAACACAUUCAAACACAUCCUCGCUACUCUACUCGCUAUCGGCAACUUCCUAAAUGGGAAAAAGGUGAAAGGCUUUCAGCUAGACUACUUAUCCAAAGUCCCCGAAGUCAAGGACACGGUCCACAAGCAGUCUCUGCUCUACCAUCUCUGCUGUAUGGUAAUGGAGAAAUUUCCAGACACAACCGACCUGUACAGUGAACUUGGUGCGCUGCACCGAUCAUCCAGGGUGGACUUUGAGGUCGUCGCGGAAAACCUGAAAAACUUGAAGGAGAAUUGCAAGCGCUCAUGGGAACACCUGAGCGUGGUGGCUAAGCACGACAGCACAAAGCAACUUAAGAGCAAAAUGACGGAGCUGCUGACAGACGCACAGGAAAGAAUCACGAUAUUGAAAGUCGUCCACAGACGGGUCAUGAACAGGUUCCGAAAAAUGCUGUUAUAUUUGGGCGUCUCUGCGAGUAUAACCAAGAAAACUAAGGUGAACGAGUUCUGCAAGAUCAUCAGCGAGUUUUCCCUCGAGUAUCGCACGACAAGGGAGCGGGUGCGUGAGCAGAAGAAGAAACGAGAAAAACUACGCGAGAGAAAUCUGACGCGAGGGAAACUUAUCACCGAGGUACAUAAAAAAUCAUCAUCAUCAUCACCGUCAUCAGCAUCAUCAGCAGCAGCUGAACGUCAUAAGUCCUUCGGCUCUCACGGCCGCUCACCGAGCGAGGAGAACGUCGAAGAGGAAUUCCGCAAGGCGCUUUUCGCAAACGGCGAGGACUUCGAAAACUCGAAAGAAAAGCUGAAGAGCUCCACGCUACCGAACCAACGAAACCGAAUCAGAAGCUGCCGACAGUCCACCGACGAGUUUGCCGACGACAACACGGACGAGGUGAUGGACAUGCUGGUCAAGUCGGCCACCGUUCCGGACAACCGGACACGCAUGCGUAAGCGGACGAGGAUGCCCAACUCCAACCGCAAGUCAGCCCGUCGCACGCUGAAGGAAGGAAUUACCCCAGAAGACCUCGAGAAACUCACAAAACAAGUACAAAUUCUCGAGAAGAAAAAAUAGCAGAGAAAAGUCAAAAUAAUGAAAUGAAUGCUAAUAUUUUUAACAGGGAGAAUAGUUUGUAUUAUAUUUUUAUUACUAGUGACCCUUCAGGUCCAACAAAACGCCUUAGAAUUCGUCAAUCUGUCAUGAUGGUUGGCAGUGCCUCCCAGAUUACAGUGAUUGGCAUUGAUUGGCAUGGGAGCAGUAUCUUGUCUGGCACUGACAUGGUAUCUUGUCUGGCACUGACAUGGUAUUUUACGAGGUAUUGACAUGGUAUAAGUUUCCAAAAGCAGUGGUAUUUUAUUUAUUUUAAGUGAAACAUUUUUAUGGGAUUACCAUUGGGUUUUAUUGAUGUUUUCGUUUGUGAUUCUUAUGCUUUUGGGUACACAUGCCAUGCCAGUUGCUUCAUCAGCUGUUGUAGUUUUUACUACCAGUAUAUUUUAUUGUUACUUUUCCGAAAGUACAAUCAUUACCGCGCUAAAUGUUUACUCGUGGGUCAUCUUCCCAAAAUAUGUUUUCUUAUGUUACUUUUCCAGUACCCUUGCCAGCCACACCUUUGUUAUUAUUUCAUUUGAAAUAGCCGUCUAAAAACAACAUUUAUAUAUCAUUAACAAAAUUUAAUCGAAAAUAUCGUAAUAGCUUUUCCAUAUCGGCAGAUGGAAGUGGAUGCUUUUUCACAAUUUUGCCAACUGGCAGGGACCCUUCAUGUUAAGUAUGCCAUGGGGUAUCGCCGUACAAGUAGCUACUCAAUUAUUUACGUUGCUCAUUUUUUAAAGAUUCUCAAUACAGCAUAUGUGUUUUGAAGUGCUUAUAGAUAUUGCAAACAGCUUGCUUGAACACGUAAGCAAAGCCUACGAACAGAAUUUGAGACGUGGUGUCUUGUAUGAUGGCUUAAAUUGUAGCUGUCAGACUUGCGCCCGUACAAACUGGUCGUAUUAAGAGUAAUUUCAUUAGAAAAGCUAUUGUCAAAUGUAUACUUCACUUAUAGCGCUGAUUUUUUCAACCUACAAGAAAGUGUUUUGUGUAAGGCAACGGAUGCUACCAUGAUCACCAAAACAAAGUUUUUAUAAAUUAUUUUUAGCUUUAAUUGACACAAACUUCAGGAUAAAAAAGAUUCCUCUGCCUUUGAUUUCCUUGCUACACUGGUCGACUAGUGGGGUGAAUCAGGUGGCACGAUUCUUUCACCCUCGUCGAUGUAAUUCUCCCAAAACUUGCAAGGUGGCCACGAUAGCGCGCGUCGCAUCGUAACAUUCAUGUUUUUCAUAGAGCUUGAAAAUAUAGACUAAGAAUGUUGUGACUAUGUUUUUUUAACCAACAUAUCUAGGAACUAUUUUACUAACUUUUAAGGUAACCACUUUAACUUAUGAAGGCAAAUUAUAUUGUACAUAAAUUUAAAUGAUGUUUAACAACUAAUAACUAAUAUUUUGAAGCAUUAAUUCUAUUGACAUAUUUAGCCGAUAGAUUACGCACAGGUCUUGUACUUUAGUAGUUUUUGCCAAACAUCGAUUGAUUCUGUCAGUUAUCAAGAGAACGUUUUUGUAGAGGUAUCAUUCAAAUUAUUUAUUUCAGUUUUAUUGACUAACAUAGAUGACAAACUUUUAUCAUAGGUAGAGCUUCCUAUUUUGCAUGUUUCUGUGAUAUUAGUUUUCAUUAUUUUAUCAUACAUUUUAUUUGUAUCUUUAUUUAGCAGAAAGUCGGGUCUUUUUAUUUUAUGGUUUGUGUAUGUCUCUGAUGCAUGCAGAUUUUGGAUACAAUACUUAAAAAGAAUUCCUCUUCAGGCAGGUCCAGAAGAGAAUAGAUUUAUACAGUACUUUGUUUUCGAAGAAAAGAUAUAGACUGAGUUUUGUUAUCUGUUUACGUCAAAGUAUUCUAAUUUGCUUUUAAAAUUACUCAUUUUUAGCAAAACAUUUAAGGAUAAGGGUUAUAUGUUUGUGUUCUUGGUAGAACUCUGGCUUGUGGCUUGCUUUUGAUGAAGAUUAAUGCUUUGGCACUUACUCAAACCUUUUAAGAUUUUUUAUGUAUAUGACUGAUACUUUUACACACCUUUGAGUAAUAAUGUCAAUGCCUUUCAAAAUGUUUGACUAAGUGAGAAUUCAGAUAUGGCUUAAAGCAAUACAUGGGUUUGCAUCUUCAUAUUACAUGUCAUGAGGGGGUGACGAGGGAGAUGUGACGAGGAGGGGUAGGGGCUGCAAUGUUUGGUUUUAUGGCUCAGAGCUCCACCCUCCUCAAGGCUCCACAUUCCUUAAUUCCGCUACAAAAUAUACAAGGCUGGUAGCCAGUAUUUGCUGCAAAAAGUGUUUGUCCAUUAAUCAUAACAUUUUCUCUUAUCUAUAUAGGUGUCUUUCCCUAGGUGACAAAGGGUAGUGGUUCUAUUUUUUUUUUAAUUUACUCUCAUUUGAGCAACUCUUUAAGUUGAGGGGGAUACCAUAAAUUCCAUAACCAUGUCAUAAUAAUUAUAGUGAAUUACUGUCUAAGGCUUCCCCAGGUAGAAAAAUUAUAUUUUAAAUUAUAGGAUUGUUAGAUUUGGGGUGUCUUUGUAUAGUUGUUAAGUGUGUACCAGUGGAAACAUUUGUAAUAUAAGUAUAGAUGGUCAAGUAGAUCAUAAAACAUAUUUUUCUGAAA